CAACAAGAGGACAAAAUGAUGCGCUCAGAGCCACGGUUCGACCCAAAGCGGAAACGCAUCGACCACAAGAAGACUCAGUUUGCAACCGCAUCCUACAAAGAGAACGACUAUCCCUACCGACUGUCGUGCUACGAUGUUCCUCCCACCCAGGAAAUCAGCCUGGAAGAAUUCGAGACUUGGGCUAUCGACAGGUUGAGGAUACUUGCGGAGAUUGAGGCUUGCUCGUUCAGAAACAAAUCGGCCGAAGAGACAUCAGCGCACCUUGAACCAUUGCUCAAAAAAUACCUCCCCCUGUCCUCCAAUUCGGCGGCAGCAGGUGGUAUUGUGGACCAAAAACUGAAGAAUCAACGGCGGAAGGACCAUUACUCCCACUACAUUCUCAGACUUGCGUUUUCAAGAACAGAAGACCUCCGCAGACGCUUUGCCAGGGUCGAAACCAUGCUGUUCCGGCUUCGCUUCCAGUCAGAUGACACACGUGAACGUCAAGCUUUCGUCGAAAGCUUGAACAUGAACUGGGAAGUGGUCCAAGAGGAAGAAAAAAGAGCAUUGGGCGAGCAACUUCUAUCCGCCACACCUGGUCUCCGACGGCUCGAAGGCGAGAACUGGUUCAAAGUGGAUUGGACCCGUGUGCCAGAAUUAGUCGAGCAUCGCACAGUCCUUGUACGGAAAAGCAAAGCAUAUGUUCCGAUGCGUGAACAGACCAGCAUGGUGCUCACCGAGUUCACAAGCCGCCUAGAGAAGGGUCUCGAGCUCACCGCCCGCAAUCUGCCGAGACUCGAUGAAGAUGACCGUCUAUCUCCCAUCCUGGACCACCUUUCCAAAAACUUUGCUACUCCCGACGCCGGAUUCUCCGAAUCGGACUCUUCUCUCGCCGGCGCUGCCAUCACUGCGGCCAACAUCGACAACCUCUCACAGCACUUCCCCCUUUGUAUGAAACACCUGCACAAUACGCUCCGGAAAAAUAGCCAUCUGAAGCACUUUGGCCGGCUGCAGUACACGCUUUUCCUUAAGGGAAUUGGGCUCAAUCUGGAGGACUGUCUCAUCUUCUGGAGGCAGGCGUUCAAACUCAUCACUGAUGACCAAUUCAACAAGGAAUACCGCUAUAAUGUCCGCCACGCCUAUGGCGACGUAGGCGGCGACGCGAAUCGUCGUGGGCGAGGAUAUUCGCCGUACUCAUGUCAGAAAAUACUUACGGAACAUCCCCCUGGUACCGGUGAAGCCCAUGGCUGUCCCUACAGACAUUUCAGCGUGGACAAUCUCACGGCCAUGCUCCAAGCCACGGGAGUUCAUGAUCGAGAAGUCUUGAGAGGUGUCAAGGACGACGUGGAGAAGAAGAGGUUCCAUAUUGCCUGUAACCGUGUGUUUGAGUGGGCCCACAAGCAGGAAAUCAAGAAGGUCAAGGACGAGGGUAUAUGGGGUCCCGCUGAGCUGGAGACGAUUGUACACCCGAACACCUACUUCAAGAGGAGUUAUCUGUUGAAGAACCUGGGGAAUUCGGCCAAGCAGGACGUCAAGAUGGAGGAUUGAGGUUUUGCGAUGGUUAUGGGGUUUGGUUGGUCUUGCGAAUGGCAUUGAUGAUUAUACUGGCAAUAACCAUGAGCGCAGGGGCAGUGACGAUGUUAUUGGGUCGCAGCGAGACAUCUAAUGAAUGGCAUGUUGCUUUCUGACAUUCGAGAUCACCGUGGAUAAACGCCAGAUCCCUUCGUGUCAUACUUGAAGAUGAGAUCCAUUCUGACAAGCAUCUCUUGGUAGCACGGGACGGCAUCCCCUUCCAAGCAGGUGGUUUACGAGGUGGUUGCAUCGACGCGCAUCCCAUUGGGUUUCUGGCGCUUCUCGUCUUCCCCUUAGCGCUGCAACGCUUAUCGGCAUGUCGUCGAGCGGGAUGACGGCCUGGCGGCGUUCAUCCUCGUACGAAUACAGUUCGCGUGUACUAGGUAAGAAUGGAU